CGAGUUCCCUUCAAAAAUCAACAACGAUGGCUGAGACGGUCAGCUUCAAAGUAUUCUUGUCCAAGGAGGAGGACUCCAUCGACGCUAAACCCGAAGUCAGGAGAUUCGGUAUCGAUAAGGACGUCGUGACGAAUUUUCUUUACCUGAACGAGAAGCUGCAGUCCGUCUUCGCGGCGCUUCGCUCACAGCAUUUCACCAUCUUUUGGAAAGACGCCGACGGUGACGACGUCAUCAUAUCCAGCGACGAAGAGCUCAGAAUUGCCUUAUUCGAAACUGCUGAGCAAAACAUUCGCAAGCUGUAUGUCGUCCUGCACUCCGAGUACCCAGCUGAGACUGCUCAGUUUGACGGAGAGGUGCCGCAGCCCAUUCACAUCGGCAUAGUUUGUGACGGAUGCGAUAAAGAUGUUUACGGAUUCCGUUACAAAUGCAUCCAAUGCCCAAACUAUGAUCUGUGCGCGGAUUGUGAGUCGAAGGGACUUCAUCCGGAGCACUGCAUGAUUCGUAGCGCAGUACCGUUCCAGUGGAGCCCGCACGUUGGACGUCGACUAUCGCACCUCAUGCACAAGCUGGCCAAAAAGAAUGGUCGUUGUUCUGGAAAAGAUACGGAGGCGCCGGAGUGUCCCUACAAGAAAGUAAGAUUUCCGCAUAGAGCGCAAGCUGGAAGACCGGCGACGGAGAGGCCGUCUUGGCUGGAUACCGUAGCUUCCUACUUGAAUGAAUGGGCUCCACUUGCGGCAGAAGAAGGCUGCCCGAUGAAAGAUAAAUGUGGGCAGAAAACAGGUGGAGAAUCUAAGACUGGAACUGAGGAUAAGCAAAGGAUCAAUCAACAGGCAGAGCUCUUCAAGAAUAUCGGAGAGAAUCUUGCCAGUCUUUUGGACCCCUUGGGUAUCGACGUCGAAGUUCAUGGCGAGACUCCUAAUGCAGCUGGCAAGGCUCCUGCUGGCAGUAACGCAAACACCCCACCUGAGAACAGCCAACCUAGUACUUCGGCGCAGAAAUUUCCCGGGGAAGGAAAGAAGCUAGUUGAUAGUGAUUCGUCAACUUCUAAGAACCCUGUGCAUCUGCCUACUGCCAAUGCUUCCGCAACUAUAGACAAACCUAGCAUAGAAAAUGAGGGGUGGACUCUGCUUAAUCAACAGGAUACCCCGGUCUCUUAUGUUGCUGGAGGAGCGUCGAGCACCAGUGUGUCUACCGGAGCAAUGCCUAAAGUGCCAUCGACAACUGUUCCGACAGCGUCUGCACCAGUUCCAAUAUUGGCUUCAACCCCAGCUUCGAAACUAAUCUACCCACAAUUGCCGCAACAGACUGAAACUCCGAUGCCAGUUUAUCACUCCGAUCCGAACAUCCAACGCGCUGUGGUUGCAAUGAUGCAGAUGGGUUUCACAAACGAAGGUGGAUGGCUUACUCAGCUGCUGGCUUCCAAAAAUGGUGACAUUAGCAAGGCUCUGGAUAUUCUGCAACCAGUUCGCCCAGACAGUAAGAAGCAGUAAGAAGAACAAGAUUAAAGUAUUGAUUAAUAGUUGACGACUGAACUGCUGAUUCAGUAACGAUAAAUGUUUGGUAUCUAUGACGUGCAUAGAUUCACUGCAAUUUUGUUACUUUUAUCAUUUAUAUUAUACAUACCUACCGAGAAAAAAGCAUUCCCUUAUUUGCUUUAUUGCUAAUGUUUUACUGUGAGAAAUGAUAAUAAUUUCUACAAUGGUGAUUGUAUUGAUUUUGUGUUCUGGUUCAUAAAAUAUAAACAA